AGAACGACUCGCAGCGUCGUCACAGCGAGUAGCCCCAGCAAGUGCGUCCAGCGGAAUAGGCUAGCGAUCUUUUUCGGCGUUGGCGAUUUUUCGAACAACAAUCGUUGACCGUAUGAUAUCUGCGCGCCGGUGUUUGUGUUUUUCGCUUCGAGGUUUGUGGCUGUGGCUGUGUGUCGGCUGGUUCAGUGUGGCGAUUAUGCGCUAGCGGGUAAGAAGCCGUAGCCGAGUAGGUUGUGUGCGCGCACGGAGGAUUAUUUGCCGCGAUAUGUGGCCCUCGUCCAAGCCGAUCGCGCUUCUUGUGGGAUGCUGUGUCCUGCCGGUGCUUUUUGUCCCUUCGGCUUUCGGAGAUAACGCACAAGAAUCGAGUGAAUGUAACCCCAACGCAUGCAAAAAGACAGACAAUGAAAAGACGGUUUGUGGUUCAGACGGGUUGAGCUAUCCUAAUAGAUGUCAGUUGGAACGCGUCAGGUGUCAAAAUAAGAACAUAACUAUGGUGAAGAGAGGUCUGUGUAAACAACAAAGGCAGUGUUUGGAAUGGGACCUGUUAGACUCAGAAUUUCCACAGCAUAGGUUCAAAGCAAGAUGUAAACAAAAUGGUGCUUAUGAACCUGGACAAUGCCAUCCAACUACGGGCUUUUGUUGGUGCGUUACUCCAGAUGGUAUUCCAAUUCCUUAUUCGACAAAAAAGAUGAACGAAAAACCAGGCAGUAAACCUAUAAGGUGUCGAAGCAGAAAGAAAAAAACAAGAUCGCCCAGCAACACCAAGAAGAACAUCUGCAGGAUGAGCGAAAAGUCUCUUUUCAACAACAACCUUAUCAAAAGCUUUCACUCCGAAUAUCAUCGAGACGCAGGCCGAAAUGAUAACGACGACAUGGUGAUAAAGUGGAAAUUUCGUACGUUAGAUCAGAACAACGACAUGAUACUGGACAAGAACGAAUACAGAGACAUCAAACGGCUGGUGAAGAAAGCGAUGAAGCCGAAGAAGUGCGCCAAAGCUUUUCCUAAGUCCUGCGACAUCAACAACGACCUGAGGAUCACAUCACAGGAAUGGAACGACUGCUUCGAUAAAAAUGGACAGACAGUUUCUUUCCGUGUGUUUUUAUCGCUGGAUGCAGAUGCUACAGUCAGCAGCUCGAACGAUGCCGACGAUGAAGAUGCAGAUUCGGACGAUUUCCUCAGCAGAAGGCAAUCACCACCACACGGAGUACUUAGGGCAGAGCCGAGUGCACUUCCAUCAUUAAGUCCGGAAGAAGAAGAAUCGUUGGAGACGAGAGAAGAAGAAGUCACAGACUGCAUGUCAGACAGAAGGUUAGCGUUGGAGGAUGCCAAAGACUCCACAUUUUCCUAUAUACCAGAUUGCACACCAGACGGCAGAUUUCAAAAAAUUCAAUGCUACAAGUCUGCUGGAUACUGUUGGUGCGUUCACGAAGACACGGGCAAAAAUAUUCCUGGAACAUCAGUCAAGAACCAAAUACCCAAUUGCAACCUGUUGAAAGCUACACAGCCUCCUAUGAAAGGAUGUCCAGAUGAUAAGAAGAUUGUAUUUUUGAAGGAUCUCAUUCAGUUCCUAUAUACAAAGAUGAAAGCUAACAAUUCUGCAGAAUCACCCGCCAUAACACAAUCCAGGGAGGAACAAGUUGCAUAUUGGAGUUUUAAUUACUUCGACAAAGAUAAAAAUAAGAAUUUGGAUAGGCCGGAGUGGAAGGCGUUCAAAGACUAUAUCAUCCCAAUAAAAGGCCUAAGAAAAUGCGGCAAGAAACUGCCAAGGUACUGUGAUAUAGAUAAAGAUAGAAAAAUUAGCAAGACCGAAUGGUUGGACUGCCUUAAUGUUCAAGAAUCACAAGGGACAUUUUAUCACUCGUCACCAAGAACAGGCAAGAACAAUCCUUUAGACAUUCUGAAAGAUGACUAAUAUUUACCAGGCGUUUUGGUAAAGAAAACCUACGGAUUUGUUGUAUUAAAAUAAAACCAUCAACUGUAUAUACGUGAUGUAUCAGGCCAGGGUAAACUUGCGGAUAUACAUAUCAGAAAUUUAGGCCCAAUCAGAGAGCAGCAUUAAGCGUUAACGGAAAUAAACUGUAUUUUUGAACGGUGAUCAAAUUGAUAAUUUUCAUCAAUAGAACAGACUGGUCGGUUAUGCUCCUUGCAACUUUUGUGAUGAUAGCUUAUAGUGUACAGCUUUUGUAAAGUUACAAUAUUAAACUUUAGCUUUAAAUAUUUGUGUCCUGAUCGUUAAUAAUUUAUUUAAAUAUAUAGAUCGAAAUAAGGUGAAUAUUUCUAUUUUAUAGUAAGUUAUUUGCAGUGCCGUUAUUUUGUAUUGUUUUUAAAAUUAUAGAAUGAUUGGACUCUUUUUGAAUAUCGUUAGAAAAGAACAACAAUUAAUAGUUUGGUUACAUUGUGUGAUAAAGUAGGUCCAACAAGUCAGGGAAGAUUUCGGCAGACGACAAAAAAUAGACUUUACCUGUGAAGUAAAAUUACAGACAAUUGUCAUUAUCAUAUAUGUCACUGUCACUAUCAACAUAGGUGUCCUUUUGACCCAAUGACUAAAGAAUCCAAGGGCAAAUAACACCUGAGAGCAAAUUGUGACGAUGUCACCAAACAGUGCCGUGGCACAUAUUUUUCUUAACCUAGCUGUUU